AGGCGCAUUGAAGCAGAGAGGAUAAUAUUACAGGCUGAUCCAGAUUCUUUCUGACUACAGGCAGCAAAGCAGAGCACAUCUCGGAGCAAAUCCCUGGAAAACACAACGAAAUCCAAGCUCCUACCCAAUGGAAAUAUGAGAACCAAACCAUUAUCUAUGUGGCACCACACAUUUAAAAUCAAUUAAUUUAUCUAGGUGUCAGCCAAGAGGGGUUAUCCAUUCUUCCAAAGGAUUACAGGCAUUGGAAACUACAGCAUUUAUUUAUUUAAAUGAUUUUAUUAUUUAUCAGCAGCACAUUCUCCUUGUUACAUUUUUUAUACUUUGUGAUUGAGAAAUAACAAGAUUGUGAGGAUUGAGAAAAAAGGGGAUUGGAUCAAUAAAGAAGGCAUAAUUAGAAGCUGAUUGUGUUGAAUAAAAAUCACAAGAAAUGAUCUGAGAUGGCUGGAGGAGGAAUCAUUGAUUGUGCUGAAAAAUCUUAAUAUAAAAUUACAAGAGUCACAGAAGGGGAGAUCGGAGAUGGCUGCAGGAGGAAUCACAACCUUUCCUACAGUACCUGAUGAUGGAGGCAGCAGUACCUUCCCUCCAGGAAACUUUAAGGAGCCCAAAAGACUUUAUUGUAAAAACGGAGGAUAUUUCUUGAGGAUACACCCUGAUGGACGAGUGGAUGGAAUCAGGGAGAAGAAUGACCCUUGCAUCAAGCUGCAACUCCAGGCAGAGUCAGUCGGAGUGGUUUCAAUCAAAGGGAUCUCUGCAAACCGUUAUCUUGCGAUGAAUGAAGAUGGGCGGCUAUUUGGGUCGAAAUGCACAACAGAUGAAUGCUUCUUCUUUGAAAGACUAGAGUCGAACAACUACAACACUUACCGCUCUCAGAAAUACCCGGAUUGGUAUGUAGCUUUGAAGCGGACUGGGCAGUUCAAGUCAGGAUCAAAAACUGGACCAGGGCAGAAAGCCAUUCUCUUUCUUCCAAUGUCAGCAAAGAGUUGAUUUGGUUCUGCCAGAAACUGCUGUUGCACCCCUCAACAUGUAAAGGACGUGAAGUUGGACAGGGAUAAUGUAAACAGGCCUGCUUUUGCAAAGAACCAGUAUGACCAACACUUAACCUAUACUGAUACUAAAUAUAAAACACUAAGCAACUUCAUUAAAAUAAUGUGAAUAUUAUUAUUUUUUAAAUCUAUAGUUGACACGGUAAAUGCUUUUUAUAGAAUCAUUUUAUAAGAACCGACUAUGUAAAAUAAGCUUCUCAAACAUAUUAACAGCUUAAAAGGGAUGUGGCUAGAGGGAUUUUCAAUAUGAUAUCGAUCUAUCUAUCUAUCUAUCCACACACACACUACAAAGCCCCAUAAUAACAGUAGUUAGGAAGUUUAUGUAGAGAGAGAUCAUGAAUACUGUUUAUAUUAGAAACAGCUGCUUUAUAAAAUGCAUUAAUAGUACCAUUUCACUCGCUCGUUGUUUAUCAACAGGUAUUUUCAUACGUCUCUGGCAACUCCUUGAGUUGAUAGAGCAGCCCUUUAUAAACAGUAAACGGAGCUCUGUAACUGCAAGCUCAAUUUGAUCAAAGCCCUCUCUGUGCUCGUAGAGCAAGUGUUUGGCUGCCCUGCUCAUAAGGAGAGUUGUGUGCUUAGUCCUGGUCAGCACAGCUACAUCCAUCCAUUCACAGCCAAGACUCCUCCUGAUGGCAUAAGUUAAUGUCAUAUGACAGCUGACUUGCCAAAGGUCCCCAGGUGCUUGUGCUGCUGUCAUACUCAAGAGGGCUGGAACUCUGACUAUGCCCUUCUCUUCAGAAACUUGACGGACAGCUGUUUUUCCUGGGAGCAAAGACACAAGGAAUUCUGUUCUUCAUAUCUCUUACAACUAAAUUUGGGACAUUGGUUCUUUCGUGUUGGUGGAACUGCAAGCUUUAUUGAACAUCAAUAUGAUGAAUUUUACAGACCAACCCCCAACCCCUCGUAAUGGAAGAGACAUGUGGUGUUACCCAUGUGGCUCCCUUCAAGCAAAAGCAACAACCAUCUAAAGUUGAAUGCAUGUGUGUACUACUCGUUAUUUUAACAUCUCCAGUACUCUUGUUUCCUUUCACGAGAUAGUGGUACAAAUCACACUUUGUGUAAAGACAUGAUGGGCAAAUGUAUGUUUUACUGUGCUAUUCAUCAAUACCUUAUGCACCAAAAUGUUGCUGUCAGUUUAUCAAUUAUACAUUUUAACAAGUAUGUUAGGCCAUACAUCAUCCGUCAGAACUGUAAAUACAGAAUUAGCGCUUCCCUGUCAUGAAGAAGUAUCUCACCGGGACCUAAAUCCCCUGCCUGUUACAUGUAAUAAUGUGUGACGUCAUACCGAGACACAACACAUCCCGGCGCUGCUGUGCUACUCAUGUGUGACAUCAUACCGAGACACAACACAUCCCGGCGCUGCUGUGUUACUCAUGUGUGACAUCAUACCGAGACACAACACAUCCCGGCGCUGCUGUGUUACUCAUGUGUGACAUCAUACCGAGACACAACACAUCCCGGCGCUGCUGUGUUACUCAUGUGUGACAUCAUACCGAGACACAACACAUCCCGGCGCUGCUGUGCUACUCAUGUGUGACAUCAUACCGAGACACAACACAUCCCGGCGCUGCUGUGUUACUCAUGUGUGACAUCAUACCGAGACACAACACAUCCCGGCGCUGCUGUGUUACUCAUGUGUGACAUCAUACCGAGACACAACACAUCCCGGCGCUGCUGUGUUACUCAUGUGUGACAUCAUACCGAGACACAACACAUCCCGGUGCUGCUGUGUUACUCAUGUGUGACAUCAUACCGAGACACAACACAUCCCGGUGCUGCUGUGUUACUCAUGUGUGACAUCAUACCGAGACACAACAC